AUGACUGCUCUCGGUCCAAUGCCCCCUCAUGGGCCUGAUGUGACCGGCACACACCCUCAGUACGAGGAUAUGCACCCGACCGAAAAGGAUGCCUUUGACGUGCUCCUCCGCCCCGACGACAGCUAUACCCCCGACGGCCGCUACUGGGCUGAUCUGCCUCUCGGACAGCGUUUCAAGUUCGUGAGCAAGGUCGAAAGUGCUGAGGCACGCAAAGAGUUGGCUGCUAUUGGUCGAAUGAUCAAGGCCGAUCCUCUAUCGCCCGUCUCUUUCUACUUCAAGAAUAUGGUUUUGCCUGGUGCUGGUCUGCUCUUGGAAGGUUACGUCCUCUUCUCCGUCAGCACUGUGCAGUCGCUUUUGGCCGAUGCUUUCCCAGAUUGCUGGUCCAGGCACCAAACUUGCAAUGUCAACUGGAUCAACGCUUUGACUUAUUUGGAAAUUGCUGGUAUCAUGGUCGGUCAGAUUCUCGUUGGUUAUCUUGGUGAUAUGAUCGGUCGUCGCUGGGGUCUCAUCCAGGAUGCCACCAUCAUGUUUGUCGGUCUGCUCAUGCUUACUGCCGCCUACGGUGUCACCGAGAACGGCUGGGUUAUCUGCUACGCCUGGUCUCUCUUCUUCUACAGUAUCGGUGUCGGUGGUGAAUACCCCAUGACCGCCACCUCUGGUAUGGAGAACGCCGUCGGCUCUGGUCGUAUCUCUACCCGUGAGGAUCGUCUCCACCGUGGCCGCAAGGUCGUCAGUGCUUUCUUGAUGCAGGGUUGGGGUCAGUUUAUCAACCAGGGUCUCUUGAUCCUCCUGUUGUUGAUCUUCCACCACGGUUCCGGUAGUCCCCCUUACUCCAAGGUCGCUGCUCAAUGGACCUACCGUGUCUCCUUCGCUAUCCCUGCUGUCGGAACUCUCUGGCUCACUUACUACCGUGCCUACCACAUGAAGGCUGCCUCCAAGCAGCUCCAGGCCAUCAAGAAGAAGGCUUCCGUUACUGGAUACGACGUUGAAUCUUUCCGUCUGACCUUGAAGUACUUCGGUCCUCGUCUCUUUGCUACCAGUUUCGGUUGGUUCGCCAACGAUGUCUUCUUUUACGGUAACAAGCUCUUCCAGACCCAGUUUAUCAAUGUCAUCUUGCCCAAUGAGAAGUCGUUGAUGCCCAAUUGGUUGUACAACCUGCUCAACAUUGGUGUCUCCCUUGUUGGUUACUAUCUCGCCUCUUUCCUCAUCGACAACAAAUUCUACGGACGUAAAUGGAUGCAGCAGGUCGGUUUCUUGAUGUGCUUCAUCCUCUUCGUUGUGCCUGGUUUCCGCUACAAUUACUACACCUCCCUAGAGCACAUCAAGGCUUUCCAGGCCAUGUACUUCUUGUCCUCUUUCUUCAACCAGUUCGGUCCGAACUGUGUCACCUUCUUGGUUGCCGCCGAAUGUUUCCCUGCUCCCAUCCGUGCCUCUGCCCACGGUUUCUCCGCUGCCAUGGGUAAACUCGGUGCCUUGAUUGCCGCCAUUGUCUCCAGCUAUACCAGUGCUCAGCAACGAUUCCACAUCUGGCCCUGGUUCGGUCUUGCCGGUAUGCUCGUCACCUACUUGUGGCUCCCAGAUACCACCGGUCUCGAUCUCAAGGAACAGGAACGCCGCUGGUGGUACAUCCGUAACGGCCGUGAGCAAGACUACCACGGUGUCGCCAUCCACCCCCAGCACUUGUCUGUUUGGGAACGCCUCCGUGGUGUCGGCAAAUACUAUGACCCCGAGCUCGACUACAAGCAGAAGGUCGAGGACUACCGUCAGGAGUGGGAGAACGGUAUUGCUCGCAAGAACUCCAAUGAAGAUGGUGAGAUUGACGUCGACACCGAAGGCGCUCUUUUCGAGGGCGCCGUCCACAACUACUUUGAGCGUACAAGCCCCAUGUUCCGAGGCACCGAGAAGCUUGGUGGUCAGACAUUCUCCAGCUUGCCUCCUGCCGCUCGCUCUGUUGAGAGUGAUGAGACCGAGGCUGCUGCUCCUGUUGUGACCGAGAAGUAA